AUGAUUCGUUGGGUGCUAUUUUUAGCUCUGAUUUUUGUUCUUCUUCUGGCACGAUCAGAAGACAACGGGGAGGAAAAAUCGGAAGACGACGUCCAGAUCUACGACAACGUCACCAUCGGCUACACUAGACCACCAAGAUUAACCCAUGCUCAGAAAAUCGAGAUCUUCUUCACUGCUGUCCUCGUCUACGUUCUCGCUGGUAUUGCCAUUAUCGGAGUUUGCAGUUUUGCAUACCGUUUCCUGAGGCCAGAAACGGGAGAACGAGUGCAUGAGCGAUCCCGCCGACCACCGAAUCAUUUUGAAGGAGCAGAAUAUCAAAGAAAUGAAGAGAACGUUCGAUUGAACCGAGCAGCAGCUCCUGUGGUCCCUGGAGAAUAUUAG